CUACAAGCCGGCUCAAAAAUCUCAAAAGCGCUGGUCAAAGAUCAACAUCAAUCCUUGUAUCUUGUUUUGGCAGCACGCGUUGACACCAUGUUGUGCGCAAUUUCGGGAGAACCUCCCAAAGAGCCCGUAGCGUCGCGCAAAAGUGGAAAUGUAUACGAAAAACGCCUCAUCGAAGCAUACGUCACCGAAAAUGGAACCGAACCCACCACUGGCGAGGCCCUCUCCAUCGAAGAUCUUGUCAACCUCAAAUCUCCCGCAACCGUCCGCCCUCGACCCCCGACAUUAACCUCGAUACCUGCUUUACUCAGCGUCUUUCAAGAAGAAUGGGACUCUCUAGCUCUCCAAACAUACACCUUACAGCAAAACCUCAACCAGACGCGACAAGAACUCAGCACAGCUCUCUACCAAAAUGAUGCUGCACAACGUGUCAUUGCACGACUGCUCAGAGAACGCGACGACGCAAGACAGGCCCUGGCAAGGAUCGAUGUUGGACGCGCGAGCACCAAUGGGGAUGCCAUGCAGGUGGACAGCGCACCUCUCCCAGAGGCGAUUCAGCAAACCAUUGACAAUACCCAACAAAGUUUGAUGAAGACUCGACGGAAACGACCAGUCCCUGAAGACUGGGCAACCCCCGAAGCUAUCUCCUCGUAUGCUCCAAAAUCGAGCUCGGAGCCACUAUAUCCCGGCGGCAAAAUCUUCGCUGUACACGAAUCAGGGGACGCUGCGUUGGUUAGUGGCAGUGACGGAUCUGCUAGCAUUUAUUCUCUGUCUCAGAACAAGCCUCUGCUGUCUUUAUCGACUGGUUCAGGUACGGCAACAGCGGGGACAUGGGCCGGGAAGAAAGCUGUGCUCGCUACGUCAUCAGGAGCGGUUGUGGUGUUUGAGGAUAAUCAACAGGUUGCUUCGUUUGCCGUGCACGCGGGCAGUGUCAAUGCUGUUGCGACCCAUCCGAGCGGCAGCAUUCUCGCAUCGGUUGGCGAAGACAAGACAUACAUUCUCUACGAUCUGGAGUCGAACAAAGUCCUCACUCAAAUCCAAAGUGACUCAGGUCUCACCUCGGCUCAAUUCCACCCAGACGGCCAUUUACUCGCAGCAGGUGGAAAUGACGGUCAAAUAAAGAUCUUUGAGGUCAAAUCCGGUGCGCAGGCUGCCACCUUCAACUUGGGUGGCCCCGUCAAAGCAGUCGUGUUUUCUGAGAACGGAACAUGGCUUGCCGGUGUCGCACAAGGGUCCUCAUCAAUAUCCAUCUGGGAUCUGAGGAAGUCGGCAGAGAUCAAGACCCUGGAAACAGGUAGCGCCAUCAACUCGAUUAGUUGGGAUUACACUGGCCAAUUCUUGGCCGCUGCCGGUGCAGGAGGUAUCACGGUGGAAGCCUAUUCCAAGGCAGCCAAGGAAUGGUCAGGAAUCCUCAGCAGUGCCGUACCCUCAACACGAGUGGCAUGGGGCAAGCAAGCUCAGAGUCUGAUCGCUGUGGACGAUAGCGGAAAGGUGGUCACGUGGAGCGGGUGAAGCUGGGACAUAGGAUGCAAUUACCUAACAAAAGAUCCUGUACAAUAGAAAGGGUUGAAAGAGCCCAAGAUUGCAAGGACGGGAUCGGGAUCUGUGAACUGAAAAAGUCUUGUAUACUGUACAUGCAUGAGACAAGGGGGUGGUGUUAGAGGUAGGACCAUAUGCAGGUCGGUUGUGUUCUGUACUGAAUGGGAUGUGAAGAAGACACAUGCAGAUUGGUAAAGCCAUUGGCAUUGUCAUGACAGUAAAAAGAGACCGUGAG